AUGGAAAUCGACAACGCUCCAAGUGGGACUAAAAGGAAGGCAGAGGAUGAAAUCGAGGCUCCGAAACCAGCACGAAGGAUCAGGGCUCUGGAUCCCGAUGUUGUGAACAAGAUUGCUGCUGGGGAGAUUAUUGUUGCCCCUGUUCACGCGCUCAAAGAACUGAUUGAGAAUGCCGUGGAUGCAGGUUCAACGUCGUUGGAGAUUCUUGUCAAAGACGGAGGUUUAAAAUUGCUUCAAAUCACCGAUAACGGCGGUGGCAUUGAGAAAGAAGACUUGGAAAUCUUAUGCGUUCGGCAUACGACAUCCAAAAUCUCCACGUUUGAAGACCUUUCGUCCAUUGCAACAUAUGGAUUCCGCGGCGAAGCUCUGGCCAGCAUCAGUCACAUUGCCCACCUCACAGUCACGACAAAAACCAAGGAGUCAUCUCUCGCCUGGCGCGCACAUUACCUGGACGGAAAACUGGCUCCCCCGAAGCCAGGGCAGUCUGCGGAGCCCAAGGGCGUUGCCGGGCGCCAGGGUACCCAAAUUACAGUAGAAGACUUGUUUUUCAAUGUGCCCACUCGUCGAAGAGCGUUUCGGUCUUACGCCGAUGAAUUCAACAAGAUCAUCGACAUGGCCGGUCGUUACGCGAUUCAUUGCAAAGGCGUUGGCUUCACUUGUAAAAAGGCUGGUGAGGCAUCCAAUUCGCUGUCUGUACAGGCGCAAGCAACCGUGAUAGACCGUAUCCGUCAGAUCCAUGGCAGCAAUGUUGCCAAUGAGCUGAUAGAACUAUCUGUCUCCGACGACCGAUGGGGGUUCUCUGCCAAUGGGUAUGUCACGAAUGCCAAUUACCACAUCAAGAAGACGACGCUGCUCUUGUUCAUCAAUCACCGCUGUGUUGAAUCGUCAACCAUGAAAAAAGCGCUUGAACAGACAUAUACCAGCUUCUUGCCAAAGGGCGGUCACCCUUUCAUCUAUCUCAGCCUUGAAAUUGACCCGGCUCGAGUGGAUGUAAAUGUCCACCCUACCAAACGGGAGGUCCAUUUCCUCAAUGAAGAAGAGGUUAUCCAGGCGAUUUGCAAGAAAAUCGAGUUGGAGCUUGCUACAGUGGAUGAGAGUCGAACAUUUCUAACGCAAACACUGCUGCCGGGAGCCAAGCCUGUUGAACCUUUAGAUGAGGAUGAUAGCGAUGCAGCCCCCAAGUUCACUACACCGGCGCUCAGGAAGGUGCGGCGAAAUUCGAAUGACCUUGUCCGGACGGACAAAUCUCAGGGCAAGAUUACAGCCCUGUUCUCACCUGCUGGCCCCGCUGAUAAAGCAGGUUCUCCUGCUAGAGCAGUGGAAGACGAAACAUGGGCAGUUCCAGAACCCGUCGAAUACACGACGAUAGACCGCGAUCAGGUACAGUGCCGACUCAGGAGCAUCAAGGAGCUUCGCCAAGAUGUUCGAGAUGAGAUCCACCAUGAGUUGACGGAGAUUAUUGCUUCUCACACGUUUGUCGGUGUCGUCGAUGAGGGGCGACGGCUUGCCGCUAUCCAGGGAGGCGUGAAGCUGUAUCUGAUUGAUUAUGGCCACACCUGCUUUGAGUACUUUUACCAGCUUGGACUGACUGACUUUGGGAAUUUUGGGGCUAUCAAUUUCAGCCCGCCACUAGACCUCACAGAACUUCUCCAGCUGGGAGCAGAAGCAGAAAAGGAGGCCAUGGGUGUUUCCGACGAAGAGUUCAAUGUCGAUGCCGUUGUUUCAAAGGUAGCGAACCAACUCAUCGAACGGAGAGAGAUGCUCCAAGAGUAUUUUUCUCUCGAAAUUACGCCUACUGGAGAGUUGGUAUCCAUCCCUCUUCUCGUCAAGGGAUAUACCCCAUCCAUCGGAAAACUGCCCCGGUUUCUCAUUCGCCUCGGGCCCCAUGUCGAUUGGAAUGAUGAAAAGUUGUGCUUUCAGACUUUCCUCACGGAGUUGGCGACAUUUUAUGUCCCUGAACCAUUACCCACGUCGCCCACUGGGAAAUACGAGCAAGGUGACUUGGAUGCAGAAGAGGGACAGGAACUCAUGGAUGACGAGGCUCUUGAGGAGGUCAGAGUAAGAAGGCAGCAUAUCCGAUGGGCCGUUGAGCACAUCUUCUUCCCAGCGUUUAGGUCGCGGCUGAUAGCGACGAAGAAGCUCAUGGAGGGAGCCGUGUUGGAGGUGGCAAGUUUGAAGGGGCUAUACAAGGUAUUUGAGCGGUGUUAA